UAUUUAUGUCUCUUUAAUGCAGCUCACUGAUAAGAUUGCACAGCUUGUGAUUCUGCACUGUUGUCUGAGUUCAGCAUCAGCUGCCUUUCCUCUGCUGCAAGAUGCCAGCAGCUCUUGCAGAGAACAGCCAGGUUAUCUGUGAAGUAUGGGCCAACAACCUGGAGGAAGAGAUGAGGAAAAUUCGGGAGAUCGUUCUGAGUUACAGCUACAUUGCCAUGGACACAGAGUUUCCUGGAGUUGUUGUCAGGCUGAUCGGGGAAUUCCGCAGUUCCACAGACUACCAGUACCAGCUCCUGCGGUGUAACGUCGACCUGCUGAAAAUUAUCCAGCUGGGCCUAACUUUCACAAAUGAGAAGGGGGAAUAUCCUUCUGGCAUCAACACCUGGCAGUUUAACUUCAAAUUCAACCUCACGGAGGACAUGUACUCUCAGGAUUCCAUAGACCUCCUUGCCAGCUCUGGGCUGCAAUUCCAGAAGCAUGAAGAAGAAGGGAUUGACACCCUGCAUUUUGCUGAGUUGCUGAUGACAUCUGGGGUUGUCCUAAGUGACAGUGUGAAAUGGCUCUCCUUCCACAGUGGUUAUGAUUUUGGCUACAUGGUGAAGUUGUUGACAGAUUCCAAGUUACCGGAAGAGGAACAUGAAUUUUUCCAUAUCUUGAACCUUUUCUUCCCAUCUAUCUAUGACGUGAAGUACUUAAUGAAAAGCUGCAAAAACCUCAAGGGUGGCCUUCAGGAAGUGGCAGAUCAGCUGGAUUUGCAGCGAAUUGGACGACAACACCAGGCAGGAUCAGACUCUCUUCUCACAGGAAUGGCGUUCUUCAGAAUGAAAGAGUUGUUUUUUGAGGAUACAAUUGACGAUGCAAAGUAUUGUGGGCGACUGUAUGGCCUUGGCACGGGGGUGGCUCAGAAACAAAAUGAAGAUGUGGACUCAGCCCAAGAGAAAAUGAGCAUUUUGACCAUUAUCAACAACAUGCAGCCGUGAUGAGCGGUGCCCCUCAGCAGAACAUGUUUACCACAUUGGCAGCUGCUAUCCUCAACCUUUUUCCCUAAUAGUGUCUCAAACAAAAGGCCUCUCCAGUCCACAGGCUGCGCAAGGCCUGCAGUGUUGCUGAAGAGCUGCAUCUUCAUUUGAAACCCAGAAGAGUUGACUGAAUUCCUAAUACCAGCAUUUGUGGUUUGCCAUAUUUUUAAUACCAAGGCCAAAGGACAGAA